AAAAACUUCCUCCUUCGAUCUCUCUCCUCUUGCUUCUUCCCAAAUCGACGAGUCCCUCAGUCUCAGAAAUCUCUUCUGAAUCCGAAGAAACGUUGUUCCAAUGGAUUCUCUUCAAUCAAAUUCCAAAGCCGAAGAAGCAGAACAAUAUUCCAAACCCGAAGAAGCAGAACAAAAUUCCAAAGGCGAAGAAGCAACACAAAAACCCAAAGGCGAAGAAGCAGAACAAAUUUCGAAAGGCGAAGAAGCAGAAGCUUCAAUCUCGCUUCCCCAGGUCCCUACAGGAACCGCUCUACUCUCUGGAAUGGAUGAUUCAAUGCCACAGGAGUUAUCCGCUGCAAUCGAACCAGAGGAUAUUGAUUUGGAGAAAUCAGAUGUAGCUAAGGAUGCUGAUCGACCCGGAUCCGAAUUGAAGAUCGAAUCCGACUCAUUCUCUGAAGAAGGUCCUACUGCUUCUUCCUCCGACAACCCUAAAUCUCCGAAAUUGGAUUCAGCCGCUGCCCAGAACGGUAGCGCGAUGGAAGAAGACGAAGAGGAAGAUGAACCACUGCCUAAGAAGCAGAAGCAGCUUGAUUCUCUUACUUCAGCCGCCGUGAAGGACGAGGAGGAUCCGGAGCAAGUGCAGCCACCGGAAGCAAUGGCCGUGGAAGGGACGGCGAUGACUCCAGUUGCGACUGCGGCUAAGAAAUCGAAAUCGAAGAAGAAGAAUAACAAUGUUUGGGUGACGAAGAGUACACGCAAGGGAAAGAAGAAGAGCAAAACCAACACGCCGAAUCCAGCCGCUGUAGAAGACAAGGUGCUGAUAACUCCGGUUCCUAGGUUUCCCGAUAAGGGAGACGACACGCCAGACUUGGAAAUUUGCCUUUCUAAAGUCUACAAAGCUGAGAAAGUUGAGAUAAGCGAAGAUAGGCUUACCGCAGGAAGUAGCAAAGGGUAUAGAAUGGUGAGAGCUACAAGAGGAGUUGUAGAAGGAGCUUGGUACUUUGAGAUUAAAGUUGUGAAUUUGGGUGAGACGGGCCAUACUAGACUCGGGUGGUCGACUGAUAAAGGAGAUUUGCAGGCUCCGGUAGGGUACGAUGGGAAUAGUUUCGGGUUCAGGGACAUUGAUGGGUGUAAGAUACACAAGGCUUUAAGGGAGAAGUAUGCAGAGGAAGGGUAUAAGGAAGGUGAUGUUAUCGGAUUCUACAUAAAUCUUCCUGAUGGUGAAUCAUUCGCUCCAAAGCCACCUCAUUAUGUGUUCUAUAAAGGGCAGAGAUAUGUCUGUGCACCUGACGCUAAAGAGGAGCCUCCUAAAGCUGUACCAGGCAGUGAAAUAUCGUUCUUCAAAAAUGGUGUAUGUCAGGGAGUUGCCUUCAAAGAUCUUUUUGGCGGUCGUUACUACCCUGCUGCUUCUAUGUACACUCUCCCUGACCAGUCAAACUGUGUUGUGAAGUUCAAUUUUGGCCCUGAUUUUGAAUAUUACCCCGAGGAUUUUGGUGGGCGUGCAACCCCGAGGCCCAUGUGGGAGGUUCCGUAUCAUGGAUUCAAUGGUAACCUUGAAAAUAAUGGAUCUGAUGAUAUGAAGAGUUAGGCAUGAAGAGUUAGGCAGAACAAGCAGGCGGAUUCUUGACAGUUUAACAUAUUUUUCCAAACUUAGAUAGUGGUUCAGAUUUAGUUGAGUUGGUACGAACAGAGGACUAGCAAACGAGCAAAGGUGCUUUGAUACGCCGAAAUUUAGGCCCUUUUCUUUUUUCUUUUUCUUCAGAACUGGAUGUUGUUCUUUCUGGAUUAGCCAUAUUCGUCAAAAGUUAUUGAUUGUUCAUUUGUAUGUUAUCUUUUCCUUCAUCUGUAACUUUUUUCAGAGAGUUUAUAUUUGCCUUUUUUUCAAAGGUUGAUA